AUGACAGGUAUCCCUCAUGAUUUUUUUGUUCAAGAGACUCAAAGAUUAGGUUUUGUUUUGCCUCCUCAAGGUCAAUAUGCUGUUGGCAAUGUCUUUUUUAAACCUGAACCUGCUGUCAUGGAGGAAAGUAAACAAAUCUUUGAACAAAUCGCUGAUUCUUUAAAUCUGAAGGUUUUGGGUUGGCGUGAAGUCCCAAAAGAUAAUUCUAUCUUAGGUCCUGCUGCUAUAUCACGUGAACCCAUCAUUUUUCAACCUUUUCUCACUUUAACAAGUCAUUUCAACACAUCCUUAAAUCAAAAUGCUCUUGAAAAUGUUAACGAUGUUGAAAUCAACAGCAUUAAUAAUUUUGACGAUAGUUAUUUUGCUCGUCAGCUUUAUAUUCUACGAAAACAAGCUACUCAUACAAUCACUGUCAAAAAAUGGUUUUACAUUUGUUCACUUUCAAACAAAAAUAUUGUUUACAAAGGUCAAUUGUCUCCUGUUCAAGUUUACAAUUAUUUUUACGAUUUGAGAAAUGUCUCUUACAAAACUCAUUUAGCUUUGGUUCAUUCCCGUUUCUCAACAAACACCUUUCCUUCUUGGGACAGGGCUCAACCUAUGAGAUGGUGUGCUCAUAAUGGUGAAAUUAACACCUUACGUGGUAAUAAAAAUUGGAUGAGAGCUCGUGAGGGUAUAAUGAAAUCUGAUUUAUUCGGUCAAGAAUUGGAUUUAUUGUAUCCUAUAAUAGAAGAUGGUGGUUCUGAUUCUGCUGCUUUUGAUAAUGUCUUGGAAUUAUUGGUUAUAAAUGGUGUUUUAACUCUACCUGAAGCUGUUAUGAUGAUGAUUCCUGAAGCUUGGCAAAAUAAUCAUUCAAUGGAACCUGAAAAAAGGGCCUUUUAUCAAUGGGCUGCCUGUUUAAUGGAACCUUGGGAUGGCCCAGCCUUAUUCACCUUUUCUGAUGGUAGAUAUUGUGGUGCUAGUUUGGACCGUAAUGGUCUAAGACCAUGUAGAUUUUAUUUAACAAAUGAUGAUUUAAUGAUAUGUGCAUCUGAGGUUGGAACCAUGUUUAUUGAUCCUGGAAGCAUCAUUCAAAAAGGUCGUUUACAACCUGGCAAAAUGUUGUUGGUUGAUACUGAUGAAGGUCGUAUAGUUGAUGACAAAGAACUAAAAUUAUCUGUUGCUAGCAGAGAAAAUUUUAAAUCUUGGAUUGAUAAUCAAAUGAUUACUCUGGAUCAUGUUAUACAAACACUUAAAUCAAAUGGCAAAAACAUUCUAAAUAUUGAAUUAGAUAACUUCUCUAUAGCUGAUGAUCCUAGAUUAAAAGCUUUUGGUUAUACAAUCGAACAAUUAAAUCUUAUUAUCUCACCAAUGUCAAGUGAAGGGAAAGAAGCAUUAGGAUCAAUGGGAAAUGAUGCUCCUUUAGCUUGCUUAUCAACUCAGCCACGUCUUAUUUAUGAUUAUUUUAGACAACUUUUUGCACAAGUUACCAAUCCUCCAAUUGAUCCAAUUCGUGAAGAAAUAGUAAUGUCUUUAGAAUGUUAUAUAGGUCCUGAAGGAAACAUUUUAGAAAUGAAUGAACAACAAGCUCAUCGGCUUUCCUUACCCUCUCCAAUAUUAUCAAUUGAUGAAUUAAACGCUAUAAAACAUAUUAAUCUUGUAAAACAUGAUUGGAGAGUAAUCACCAUUGAUAUUACUUUUCCCAAACAAGAAGGCAUACCUGGAUACUUAUUAGCAUUGGAACGUAUAUGUGCUGAGGUUUCACUAGCUAUUCAACAAGGCUUCAAGGUUGUUGUAUUGUCUGAUAUUGCAACCAAUGCUGAACGUGUGGCAAUCUCAUCCCUAAUAGCUAUAGGCGGUGUGCAUCAUCAUCUGGUUAGAAGCAAGCAACGUUCUAAAAUUGCUCUUAUAAGUGAAAGUGCUGAAGCAAGAGAAGUUCAUCACAUCUGUGUACUAUUAGGUUAUGGCGCUGAUGCUAUUUGUCCUUAUCUUGCUAUGGAAGCUGUAUUGAAAUUAAAAAGAGAAAAUGUUAUAAAAAGUGAUUUAUCUCCUGAAAAAUUUAUUAGUAAUUAUAAAAAGGCCAUGAAUCAAGGCAUUCUAAAAGUUACAUCUAAAAUGGGUAUAUCUACUUUACAAAGUUAUAAAGGUGCUCAAAUAUUUGAAGCUUUGGGUAUUGAUGAAAGUGUCAUUGCUCGUUGUUUUGCUGGAACUGCUAGUAGAAUAAAAGGUACGACAUUUGAUAUAUUAGCAUUAGAUGCUAUUACUUUUCAUGAAUCAGGUUUUCCUAGUCGUGAUACAAUACUUCCACCAGGCUUACCUGAAUCUGGUGAAUAUCAUUGGCGUGAUGGUGGUGAACCACAUAUAAAUGAUCCAGCUGGUAUUGCUGAUCUUCAGGAUGCUGUCAGAACAAAAAAUCAAUCAACCUAUGAUAAAUAUUCUGCCAAUGCAUACGAGCAAAUCAAAAAUUGCACUUUACGUGGUCUUUUAGAUUUUGAUUUUGACAAUUCAAAAUCGAUCCCAUUAGAUCAAGUAGAGCCUUGGACUGAAAUUGUUAAAAGAUUUUGUACUGGUGCUAUGUCUUAUGGUUCCAUAUCAAUCGAAUCUCAUUCUACUCUUGCAAGAGCAAUGAAUUAUUUAGGUGGUAAAUCAAAUAGCGGAGAAGGUGGUGAGGAAAGUGUUAGAUCAAUUCCUUUACCGAACGGUGAAUCAAGGCGUUCUGCAAUCAAACAAGUUGCUUCUGGACGUUUUGGUGUUACUUCUAAUUAUCUUUAUGAUGCUGAUGAAUUACAAAUUAAAAUGGCUCAAGGUGCAAAACCAGGAGAAGGAGGUGAACUUCAGGGUUUGAAAGUGGACGAAAAUAUUGCAAGAACACGUAAAACUAUUCCAGGUGUUGGUUUGAUAUCACCACCACCUCAUCAUGAUAUUUAUUCAAUUGAAGAUUUAAAACAAUUAAUUUAUGAUUUGAAAUGUUCAAAUCCUCGUGCUAGAGUUUCUGUUAAAUUGGUAUCUGAAGUUGGUGUUGGUAUUGUAGCUUCUGGUGUUGCAAAAGCUAAAGCUGAUCAUAUUUUGAUUUCUGGUCAUGAUGGUGGUACAGGUGCUUCGAAAUGGACAAGUAUAAAGUAUGCAGGUUUACCAUGGGAAUUAGGUCUUGCAGAAACUCAUCAAACUUUAGUCUUGAAUGAUCUUCGUGGUCGUGUAGUUGUUCAAACAGAUGGUCAAAUCAAAACAGGUCGUGAUGUGGCAAUUGCAUGUUUGUUAGGUGCUGAAGAAUGGGGUUUUGCUACUACUCCAUUAAUUGUUAUGGGUUGUAUAAUGAUGAGAAAAUGUCAUUUGAACACAUGUCCAGUUGGUAUUGCAACACAAGAUCAAGAAUUAAGAAAGAAAUUUGAAGGUCAACCUGAGCAUGUAAUAAAUUUCUUUUAUUUUGUUGCUGAAGAAUGUCGUCAAGUCAUGGCAAAACUUGGUUUCCGUACAAUAAAUGAAAUGGUCGGACGUACAGAUAAAUUGAAGAUGAAUGAUUCAAUUAAAAAUCCAAAAACUGAAAAUAUUGAUUUAACUCCAAUCUUAACACCAGCUUAUACACUAAAACCUGGUGUGGCAACUUACAAUGUGCGGAAACAAGACCAUAAACUUUAUGUUCGUCUGGACAAUAAACUAAUUGACGAGGCAGAACCUGCAAUAAGUAAAAAGCAACGUGUGAACAUUGAUUGUAAACUAGUUAAUACUGACCGUGCUCUUGGAACUACAUUAUCUCAUAAUAUUUCAAAAUACCAUGGCGAAGCUGGUUUACCAGAUGAUACGAUUCAUGUUAAACUCGAUGGUUCUGCAGGGCAAUCAUUUGGUGCAUUCUUGGCUCCUGGUGUCACAUUGGAAUUGGAAGGUGAUGCGAAUGAUUAUGUCGGUAAAGGUUUAUCUGGUGGAAGAGUAGUUGUUUAUCCACCAAAAGUUUCAAAAUUCAAGUCAGAAGAAAAUAUUAUCGUUGGGAAUGUAUGUUUAUACGGAGCAACAUCUGGUCAAGCAUUUUUUCGUGGUAUUGCAGCUGAACGUUUUUGUGUACGUAAUUCUGGUGCUGUAGCAGUUGUUGAAGGAGUGGGUGAUCAUGGAUGUGAGUAUAUGACAGGUGGUUAUGUUGUUAUUUUAGGACAGACUGGACGUAAUUUUGCUGCUGGUAUGAGUGGUGGAAUAGCAUAUGUACUUGAUGAGAGUAAUACACAAGAGUUUAAGAGUAAAUGUAAUCUUGAAAUGGUUGCAUUGGAGACUGUUAACGAUUCGGAAGAAAUAACUCGUUUACGUGACUUGAUACAACAACAUCGUCAUUAUACUGGUUCCGAGUUAGCUGAUCGUAUAUUGAAAAAUUUCAAUAAUUUCUUACCAAAGUUUGUUAAAGUUAUGCCAUUGGAAUACACAAGAGUCUUAUUGGAGAAGAAGCAGAAGCAAGAAGCAGAAAAAUUAAAAGACCAACAAAGCGUUAUUAAAAGUACUGCUGCUGGUAGUAAAUCUGUUGAACCUUCGGUCGUUGAUAUUGAAGAUUCUAUGGUUGAUGAAGAAAUUGCCAAGAAAAGACUUGCGAAACUUGAUAAAGUUCGUGGUUUUAUGAAAUAUAAAAGAAAAGUCGACAAUUAUCGUAAUCCUCGUAAACGUGUUAAAGAUUGGAAAGAGAUAAAUGCACGUUUAAGUGAUGCAGAACUUAAAGUACAAACAGCUCGUUGUAUGGAUUGUGGUGUACCAUUCUGUCAAUCUGAUUCAGGAUGUCCAAUUGGUAAUAUCAUACCAAAAUGGAAUGAUCUUGUAUUUAAGGAUCAAUGGAAAGAUGCUUUAAAUCGUUUAUUAAUGACUAAUAAUUUCCCGGAAUUUACCGGAAGAGUAUGUCCAGCACCUUGUGAAGGAGCAUGUGUUUUGGGAAUUACAGAGACACCUGUCAGCAUCAAAUCAAUUGAAUGUGCAAUAAUAGAUAAAGGUUUUGAAUCUGGAUGGAUUUAUCCACAACCACCAGCAAUUCGAACAGGGAAAAAAGUAGCAAUAAUUGGAUCAGGACCAGCUGGUUUAGCAGCAGCAGAUCAACUUAACAAAGCAGGACAUCUCGUUACAAUAUAUGAACGUAAUGAUAGGUUUGGUGGAUUAUUGAUGUAUGGUAUACCAAAUAUGAAACUUGAUAAAAAAAUAGUACAACGUCGUAUAGAUCUUUUAGCAGCUGAAGGAAUUAAAUUUGUGGCCAAUGCACAUGUAGGAGUUACUGUUGAUGCAGAUAAGAUUCGACGUGAAAAUGACGCAAUAAUAGUGGCUACUGGAGCAACCUGGCCAAGAGAUUUAAAACUUAUAAAUAGAAAUUUAGAAAAUAUAACUUUUGCAAUGGAAUUUUUAACAUUAUCAUCAAAAUCAUUGAUGGAUUCAGACCUUUCAAAUGGUCAAUAUAUUAGUGCAAAAGAUAAAAAUGUUAUUGUAAUAGGUGGUGGCGACACUGGUACAGAUUGUAUAGCGACAUCAUUAAGACAUGGAGCAAAAUCAAUAGUAAAUUUUGAAUUAUUACCACAACCACCACCAACAAGAGCACCAGACAAUCCAUGGCCGACAUUUCCACGUACUUUCAAAGUUGAUUACGGACAUGCAGAAUGUCAAGUACAUUAUGGCAAUGAUCCAAGGCAGUAUAAUAUAUUAUCGAAAAGUUUUGUCAGUGAUGGUAAUGGAAAAGUGGCAGGCAUAAAUACAAUUCGUGUUGAAUGGACUAAAGAUGCAACAGGACGUUGGAGUAUGAAAGAAAAACCAGGAUCAGAACAAUUCUUCCCAGCAGAUCUUGUGUUAUUAGCAAUGGGAUUUUUAGGACCCGAAGAAAAAUUAAUUAAUAGUUUAGGAUUGAAAACAGAUUCUAGAACCAAUAUAGAAACUCCAAAAGGAAAAUAUACUACAGCAGUACCUGGAAUUUUUGCUGCAGGUGAUUGUCGACGCGGCCAAAGUUUAAUAGUGUGGGGUAUUAAUGAAGGCAGACAAGCAGCCAGAGAAGUUGAUCAAUAUCUUAUGGGUGGUGAUAGUAAAUUACCAAUAUCAGGUGGUAUUCAACAUCGUACAAUGGAAAAUUUAUCGCUACCACGAAAUAUGUUGGUCAAAGUCACGAGAGAUCCAAAUAAUGUGCCUACGCACAAAAGAGCCACGAGAGAUCUCGGUAAUGUGCCUACACGAAAAAAGCCACGAGAUCCCGGGCAUGUGUCUACACGAUCGACUAUGAAAAAAAACCACAUGAAAUUUCAGAAUUGUCAACAACCCCAAGAAAUCACAGAAUCUUUUCCAAAUAUUAAUAUAAACAACAACCCAGAAUCUUAA